AUGGCUAUUCUACCGCGCCUCAUCACAUCCUCCAUCGUUCUUACGCUGCUCGCCAACAAAUAUGCGAGCACUCCGAUUGGCCCUUUCUCGACUGUCGUUUUGCUCUUCCUUGCCCAGUUCGUUCUGUACCAGGCAUACUCGAUUCUGAUAUGGCCUCACUACAUCAGUCAGAUUCGGCACCUGCCACUCGUUCCUGAAUCGCAUUGGUUCUGGGGUCAGACCAAGAGAAUCCUGAAAGAUCCCAGUGGGACCCCAAUGCGCGAAUGGGUAGCCAAUGUGCCGAAUCAAGGAUUGCUCAGAUAUUCUGUCUGGUUUCAGCAACGAAUUCUGCUUACAACUCCAGCUGCCCUCGGAGAGGUGCUGGUAACCAAGAACUAUGAUUUCGUCAAGCCAUGGCACUUUCGCGCUGGUCUAGGACGCAUCCUUGGAAAUGGUGUGCUGCUGGCUGAAGGCGACGAGCACAAAGUACAACGCAAAAAUUUGUCUCCUGCUUUCGCUUUCCGCCAUAUCAAGGACAUUGUGCCAUUGUUCUGGUCCAAAUCACAAGAACUCGUGGGUUGCUUAGAGCAUGCAUCCUCCAGCGCAAUUUCUAGCGAUCAUGUUUCGGAUCUGGAAGACGAAAACCAUGAGAAAGCAGCUGCGGUACACGCUCAAGGUGCUAUUGACGUUGGCAACUGGACUUCUCGUGCCACGCUCGAUAUUAUUGGUCUGAGCGGUAUGGGUCAAGACUUCAAUGCGCUACAAGAUCCUGACAAUCGCCUGAACCGAACCUACAAGACUGUAUUCAAUCCAGGAAAGGCUGGAAGGUUCCUACAGAUUCUCGGAGUCUUUCUGCCAACCCGACUUGUCCAGCAUCUGCCCAUGAAACGCAACAAGGAAUUGAAUGCGGCAUCCUUGUACAUCAAACAGGUCUGCCGCGAUUUAAUCGCUAAGAAGCGUAGUGCUAUGGCGGAGAAACGCACAAAGGACCUCGACAUCAUUUCUGCGGCCCUCGAAUCUGGUGGCUUCAAAGAUGAAGAAUUGGUGAACCAAAUGAUGACAUUUCUGGUAGCAGGGCAUGAGACUACCGCCACUGCCAUGAUCUGGGCACUUUACGAACUCUGCAAACACAAAGACAAGCAACAGAAAUUGCGAGAAGAGGUCCGAGCUAAGAUCCCCUCGCUUGGAACUCAAGUCACGGCCGCUGCCAUCGACGAAUGUCAUUACCUUCACGCCGUCUGCUCUGAGACCUUACGGCUCUGGGCACCCGUCAGUCUCACGAUGCGAGUAGCUGACCGAGACACCACAAUCCAAGGCGAACAUGUUCCAAGAGGAACGACGGUAAUCCUCGCGCCAGCCGCAAUCAACACAUCGCCACAGCUGUGGGGAGAAGACGCAAUGGAAUUCAAGCCGGAGCGGUGGUUGAAUGCCGAUGGGAAAGCCAAUCAGAGAGGUGGAGCGGAUUCGAAUUAUUCGUUCCUGACGUUUCUUCAUGGCCCUAGGUCAUGUAUUGGGCAGAGAUUCUCGCAGUAUGAGCUCGCAUGUCUUCUUGCUGCUUGGAUUGGACGAUAUGACACCUCGUUUGAGGAGGGGAGCGCUCUCUCCAAGGGAUUGCUGGAUAUCAAGGGAGGCAUCACCGCCAAGCCAAAGGGUGGUCUAUGGACGACCCUCGAGGCGGUGCCUGGAUGGUGA